AUGCUAAAAGUCCUCAUCCCCACCUUAAUAUUGUUUCCGACCACAUGGCUAGCCCCUAAAAAGUGACUAUGGGCCACUACAACGUCCCACAGCCUUAUUAUUGCCCUAAUUAGCCUUACCUGACUUAACUGAACAGCAGAAACAGGGUGGACCCUACCUAACAGCUACAUAGCAAUUGAUCCCCUGUCUGCCCCCUUGCUUGUCCUGGCCUGCUGACUUCUCCCCUUAAUGAUUCUUGCUAGCCAAAACCACACUCGGACUGAGCCCAUCUCCCGCCAGCGAACAUUCAUUUGCCUCCUAAUCUCCCUCCAGGCCUUUCUAAUCCUAGCAUUCGGGGCCACAGAGAUCCUCAUAUUUUAUGUGAUAUUUGAGGCCACCCUGGUCCCUACACUAAUUAUUAUUACCCGAUGGGGAAAUCAGGCAGAACGUCUAAACGCAGGAACCUACUUCCUUUUCUACACCCUAGCAGGAUCACUACCACUACUGGUUGCCCUUCUAGCACUUCAGAACUCGACAGGGAGCUUGUCGAUGAUUAUCCUGAAUUUUAAUCCACCCCUGGCCCUAGCAUCUUGAGGUGAUAUGAUAUGGUGGGCAGCCUGCCUGAUCGCCUUCCUAGUGAAAAUGCCUCUAUACGGCGUACACUUAUGACUUCCUAAAGCCCAUGUAGAAGCCCCAAUUGCCGGGUCGAUGGUACUGGCUGCUGUGCUAUUGAAACUAGGGGGCUACGGAAUAAUUCGAAUAUCCACAAUUCUUGACCCGAUUACUAAGGAAGCGGCCUACCCCUUUAUUGUCCUGGCCCUAUGGGGUAUUAUUAUAACAGGAUCAAUCUGUCUCCGCCAGACAGACCUAAAAUCACUGAUCGCUUACUCUUCGGUUAGUCAUAUGGGCUUAGUAGCAGGGGGCAUUCUUAUCCAGACCCCCUGGGGACUCACGGGUGCACUUAUUCUUAUAAUUGCCCACGGACUCGUAUCCUCCGCCCUAUUCUGCCUGGCAAACACCAGCUAUGAGCGAACCCACAGCCGAACUAUGGCCCUAGCACGAGGAAUACAAAUGCUAUUCCCCCUAACCGCUACGUGAUGAUUUGUUGCUAACCUGGCUAACUUAGCAUUGCCCCCCCUCCCAAACCUAAUAGGGGAGGUAAUAAUUAUUACGACCAUAUUCAACUGGUCCCCUUGAACACUCAUCCUGACCGGGUUGGGAACAUUGAUUACAGCGGGGUACUCCCUCUACAUGUUCCUAAUAACCCAGCGAGGCCCGGUGCCCGAGCACAUCAAAGGACUUACCCCCUACCACACCCGGGAGCACCUACUCAUCACCCUCCACCUCCUUCCCGUCAUCCUCCUCGUCCUUAAACCUGAGCUAAUCUGAGGGUGAUUCUAUU